AUGAUGACCGUAACGAGGACCACGGAGCGCCGGGGCUCCGCCGCGUCCGGCAUGACGGAGCAGCAGCCGCCGCCGCCGCCGCCGUGUCCGUCACAGUCAACGCCCUCGCAGGGCGAGCGCAUGCCGUGCGGGAGGCUCAAGACCAAGUACGACGAAGGGUGGCGCCGCAUCGUCCGCAACUUUACGCCGUCAUGGUUCGCCGUCAACAUGGGCACGGGCAUCGUCUCGGUGCUGCUGCACAACCUGCCCUGGAACGCGCAGUGGCUGCAGUACGUCUCGUACGUCUUCUUCGCCGCCAACGUCGUCCUCUUCGUCGUCUUCUUCGCCAUCUCGGUGCUGCGGUACGCGCUGUACCCGGAGAUCUGGCGGGCCAUGAUCUCGCACCCGGGCCAGUCGCUGUUCCUGGGGUGCUUCCCCAUGGGCUUUGCCACCAUCAUCAACAUGAUGAUCUUUUGCUGCAGGCAAUGGGGCGACUGGGUCGUCCACCUCGCCUGGGCCUUCUGGUGGAUCGACGUGCUCCUCUCCAUGGCGACGUGCAUCUCCAUGCCCUUCAUCGUCAUGCACCGCCACAAGCCAGGCCUGCACAACACGACGGCCGCGCUGCUCCUGCCCAUCGUGCCGACCGUCGUCGCCGCCGCCACGGGCGGCAUCGUCGCCGAGGCCCUCCCCGACAGCGCCCACGCCCUCACCACCCUCAUCGCCUCCUACGUCCUCUGGGGCAUCGGCCAGACCCUCUCCGGCUGCGUCCUCGCCCUCUACUUCCACCGCCUGACCAUCCACUCGCUGCCGCCCCGCGAGGUCAUCGUCUCCGUCUUCCUGCCCAUCGGCCCGCUCGGCCAGGGCGGCUUCGGCAUCCAGCAGCUCGGCAAGGUCGCCCUGCGCGUCCUGCCCGAGACGACCGUGUUUCGGACCGCCGGCGUGGUCGUGGAUGUCGCGCGCGCCGCGGAGGUGCUCUACGUGCUGGGCGUCUUCCUCGGCCUCAUCAUGUGGGGGUUCGCCCUCGUGUGGGCCUGCUUCGCCCUCAUCAGCAUCGCCACCAUCCACAGCUUCCCCUUCAACAUGGGCUGGUGGGGGUUCACCUUCCCGCUCGGCGUCUGGGCGACGUGCACCAGCAUGCUGGCCGCCAACCUCGACAGCGACUUUUUCAAGGUGUCAACAAUGAUUCUCUCCCUCGCCGUCGUCGCCCUGUGGUUCAUGGUCUCCAUCCGGACGAUGCACCUCGUCGUCACGGGCGAGAUGUUCUUCGCACCCUGCCUGCAGGACAUUCGCGAGAAGGAGCAGGCCGGAGGCAGCGACAGGAGGGUAUGA